UCCUCCAGCGCCGCGACCGCAGCCGCUGCCGCCGCCCUUGAUGUGGUUCGGGGCCGGGCGGGGAGAAGAUGCCGCCGUCCAAGUCCCGCAAGAUCGCGAUCCUGGGCUACCGGAGCGUGGGAAAAUCUUCACUGACAAUUCAGUUUGUGGAAGGACAGUUUGUUGAUUCAUAUGAUCCAACCAUAGAGAACACUUUUACAAAACUGAUCACAGUAAAUGGCCAAGAAUACCAUCUUCAGCUGGUUGACACUGCUGGCCAAGAUGAAUACUCCAUAUUUCCUCAGACGUACUCCAUAGACAUCAAUGGCUACAUUCUUGUUUAUUCAGUCACGUCAAUAAAAAGUUUUGAAGUGAUAAAAGUUAUCCAUGGCAAGUUAUUGGAUAUGGUGGGAAAAGUCCAAAUACCCAUUAUGCUGGUUGGAAAUAAAAAAGACCUGCAUAUGGAACGGGUGAUCAGCUAUGAAGAAGGGAAAGCUUUAGCAGAAUCCUGGAAUGCCGCUUUCUUGGAAUCUUCUGCUAAAGAAAAUCAGACUGCCGUUGAUGUUUUUAAGAGGAUAAUUUUGGAGGCGGAAAAAAUUGAUGGGGCAGCUUCACAAGGGAAGUCUUCAUGCUCAGUAAUGUAAUUCCACUGCAAAACCUGAAAACACUGGGAAUACAUUCUACCUGAAGAAGCAAAACUGCCCAUUAUCUUUAAGGAUAAACUAUGCUUCUUUUUUUAUUUUUUUUUUUUCUUCUGUUAACCUGAAAGAUAAACAGUUGGUUUGGAGCCUUUCCCUUCAGAUUAUGUUAAACUCUGACUCCUGUGCAAAUGGCUUCACUUCCAUUUUCAAAUUUUAAGCAAUCAUAUUUUCAAUUUAUAUAUUGUAUUUCUUAAUAUUAUGACCAAGAAUUUUACUGGCAUUAAUUUUUCAGUGUAGUUUGUUGGUUAGAAUAAUCAUCAAAAUGAUGCAUAUUGUUACACUACUAUUAACUAGGCUUGGAUAUCAGUGUUUCUUUGUGUUAAAUGUAUACUUGUAAAUAAAAUAGCUGCAAAC